GGUCACGCUGCGGUCACACUUCAAGGCUAGAUGUAAAUAUUCGCACACGAUUUAUAUUCAUUUUUUAGAAUGUCUCAAGGAAACACUGUUGAAAAGGGGUUGCCGUGUGACUCCUACCUGGACAAAAGCCUGCAAGAUGACAAAAAUAUACAGGCAACAUUGAGGAACUUCUACAGCAGCAUUGAAGUUCUGGAAUCCGACCUGCAAAAGGCACUUGCGAUACAGGCAGGACGCACAUUGAGCACCAACGACCAAAUUAAACUGGAUAGUUACUUGGCUUAUUUGACCAGCACUCUGUUUUGGAUACACCUGAAACUGCAGGGUGUGGAUGUCGCAAAGCAUGGUGUGAUGCACGAUUUGGGGCGCGCCAAGGAAAUGCUUGCCCGCGAUAGGGAAAUAGACGCAUCUCUGGCGGCUCCAAGACUGGAUAUUAAGGCUGCCAAGCGAUUUAUUGCCGCAGGAACGCACACGCGGUUUGUGGACAUGGACGGCGUUAUGGUCACCGAAACACAAUAUAAUAAAAGUCUGGAACAAACCGAGAAAUAAAACAAAAUUACCAAUCUA